AAAAUGGUGAAAGGUGGUGCAUCUUGGUCUCUGCAACCUCCAAGUUAUGGAAGGCUGAUCACCGUUCUCAGCAUCGAUGGAGGCGGUAUUAGGGGAAUCAUUCCGGCUACUAUCCUUGAAUACCUUGAAUCUCAGUUGCAGGAGAUGGAUGGAGGGGACGCACGACUGGCGGAUUACUUCGACGUGAUAGCCGGAACGAGCACCGGCGGUCUGGUGACGGUGAUGCUAACCGCACCGGAGCAGGCCACCAAGCGGCCAUUGUUUGCGGCCAAAGAUAUCACAACUUUCUAUCUUGAGCAUGGCCCCAAGAUUUUCCCUCAAAAAGGUGGACUGUUUGGACCAAUCAGAAAGACGAUCAAAUCUCUAGUAGGCCCCAAGUACGAUGGGGUGUACCUUCACAAGAUCAUAGAAGAGACACUAGGAGAGACUCGACUGCAUGAAACCUUAACCAACAUCGUGGUCCCAACUUUUGAUAUCACCCGACUGCAGCCCACCAUUUUCUCUACUUUUGAGGCAAAAACAAACCCUUUGUCGGACGCUAAACUUUCCGACAUAUGCAUCGCCACAUCCGCAGCGCCAACUUACCUUCCGCCAUACUACUUCAAGAACCAAGAUCAAGACGGAAACCUCCGAGAAUUCAACCUAAUUGACGGCGGAGUUGCGGCCAACAAUCCGACUCUAGUUGCUACUAGCGAAGUGAGUAAGCAAAUCAUCCACGGGCACCCAGAUUUCUUUCCGAUCAAGCCUGCAGAUUACGACCGAUUUCUGGUGAUUUCAGUCGGAACUGGCUCCCAUAAAGUGGAACAGAAAUAUAGCGCUAAAAUGGCGGCCAAAUGGGGUGUUUUGGGUUGGCUUCUCAACGGGGGUUCCACCCCCAUUAUUGAUGUCUUCAAUCAAGCCAGCGGUGACAUGGUUGACUUGCAUAUCUCAGUCCUCUUCCAAGCACUUCAUUCUCAAAAUAAUUACCUUCGAAUUCAAGAUGACACGUUAACUGGGACAGUUUCUUCAGUAGACGUAGCAACAAAGGAGAACAUGAACAAAUUAGCAGAAACUGGAAAAAUUUUAUUGAAGAAACCACUUUCAAGGGUCAAUUUGCAAACCGGUCUCUUUGAGCCAUGCGAGGGUGGCGGCACCAACGAAGAUGCUUUGAAAAGGUUUGCAGAAAUGCUUUCAGAGGAGAAGAAAUUUCGUGAGUCGAAAUCAGCAUUGAGAAAGUAA